AUGGACCGGCAAGGUGAAACCGUCACUAAGUGGGAUGUAAACAAAGUUCAUGCCUGGUUUGCUUCUCUUGGCUUUCCAAAUUAUGAAUCGCAGAUAAAAGAACAGGGCAUAAUUGGAGAGAUCCUGGUUCUUUUAGACCAUGAGGCACUCAAAGACCUUGGUGUUCGGUCAGUUGGUCACAGAGUUUCUAUAUUAAAAGCCAUUUACAACCUAAAAAUACAACAUAACGUACCCAUUGAGUUAGGCCAAUAUGUUCCUCCUUCGGCAGAAUUUGAAAGUGCAAUGAACGUUACGAAUGGCAUUCCAGACCUUCGUAAGAUCGAAGGCGCAAUUCAAGAAAGAGAUGCCUUACUUUCGCGUUUAACGAAAGAUGUACAUAGGCUAACAUCUGAAUUGACAAAAUUACGUGAAGAGAUGAUACCGGUUUUGAAAAUGGCGAAAGAAAAUAAGCCUUUGCCCGAGCCAGAACGAAAUAGCACUGACAUUCCGAGUACGCCGAGUACUUCAAGAACUAACCUUUCAGUACAAGUUCCCGGGAUAAGUGUUACCAAUUUUUCAAAAUCACCCACAUACUCAUCUGAUGGUUCGAGCGCCCCACCUUCACCUCAUUCCCCGCAUGAUAGUGGUAACAGUCGUCGUCAUUACAACAAUGAAUCUGAUUCGAGACCAAGUGCGAGCUAUCACCAAACUCCAGUUAUCAAAGAAGCAAAUCUAUUCUUUGGAAAUCAAUCGUAUAAAAGUUUUCGUGUAUCACUCGAAGACCCAUGUUACAAAGUAUUACCUGCCGCGCUAAAGAAAUAUAAAAUUACAGAUGAUUGGCGUCAGUAUGCAUUGUUUAUUCGCUUUGGCAGUCCAGAACAUUUAAUGGAACGUUGUUUGAGUUAUGAUGAAAAGCCCCUAUUGUUGUUCCAGAAAUUAAAGGAGGAACGUGAGAACCCGGUAUUUAUGUUGAAGAAUAUUAAAGAGAUUAAGUCACCUGUUGCAACAGCGGAAGAAAUCAUUAGCUUAUUGAAAUCAAAUAAGAAACGACGUACAACACAGUUCUUGAAUAAAGAAUUACCGCCAGCACCUAAUGAAUCUCCAAACUCUGGCCAAGAAUCACCGCCCGAUUAUGAGUUAACAGAAGAAGAACGAAUAUCAGAAGAAACAUUAGUAGAAGGUAAUGGAACUGCCGUUGCAAUAUAUCCUUAUGUUGCAGAACUUGAUGAUGAACUUAAUGUGGUAGUUGGAGAUAUUUUUAAAAUUAGGAGUAGAUCAGGAGGGUGGUGUUUCGUUGAGAGAGACGGACAGACAGGUUGGGUACCCGCAAAUUUCUUACUUGAAACUAGUGUUAAUGGAGGCGAUAUGAUGGAUAGUGACAGCCCGUAUGUGGGCAGGGGAGUAGCCUUAAUUGAUUAUAAGAGAAAUACAGAUGAAGAACUUAGUGUGAAAAAGGACGAUAUACUUCGCAUUUAUAAAAGACAAGAUUAUUGGUUGUAUUGUGAAAUAAAUAAUGAGCGUGGAUGGGUGCCAAGUUGGUACGUGAGGGUGGAUAAAGAAGCUAUUGAUGAGGAGAGCGAGGUAAAUAAGUGA